AUGGGUGAAACAGAGCAGAGACCAACGGCAGGAUCCCGGCUGGGAGCUCAGGAAAAUGCUGGGAUCAGUACCUUGGAGCAUGGACAGAAACCACCUACAACACCUCCAGGAAAACUCAUCUCCAUCAAAAUUCAAAUGCUGGAUGACACACAAGAAACUUUUGAUGUUCCGCAAAGAGCUCCAGGGAAGGUUUUGCAUGAUGCUGUUUGCAACCACCUGAAUCUCGUUGAAGGCGACUAUUUUGGCCUUGAAUUUCCAGACCAUAAAAAGAUGAUGGUGUGGCUUGAUCUUUUGAAGCCUGUUAUGAAACAGAUUAGGAGACCGAAGCAUGUUGUUGUAAAAUUUGUGGUAAAAUUCUUCCCACCUGACCAUGCUCAGCUGCAGGAGGAACUGACAAGGUACCUAUUUGCAUUGCAAGUAAAGCAGGACCUGGCACAGGGAAGGCUAACAUGCAAUGAUACCAGCACUGCCCUCUUAAUCUCACACAUAGUACAGUCUGAGAUUGGGGAUUUUGAUGAAACCAUAGAUCGUGAACACUUAGCGAAGAACAAAUAUAUACCUCAGCAAGAAGCACUAGAAGACAAAAUCAUGGAAUUUCACCGUAACCACAUGGGACAGACACCAGCAGAGUCUGACUUCCAGCUUCUGGAGAUUGCCCGUCGGCUGGAGAUGUACGGGAUCCGCUUGCAUCCAGCCAAGGACAGGGAAGGGACAAAAAUCAACCUGGCUGUUGCCAACACAGGCAUCCUAGUGUUUCAGGGUCACACCAAGAUCAAUGCCUUCAACUGGGCUAAGGUUCGAAAGCUGAGCUUCAAGAGGAAGCGUUUUCUGAUCAAACUACGGCCUGAUGUGAAUAGUUCAUUCCAGGACACCCUGGAAUUCCUUAUGGCCAGUCGUGAUUUUUGCAAGUCUUUCUGGAAGAUCUGUGUGGAGCAUCAUGCCUUUUUCAGGCUCUUUGAGGAACCUAAACCAAAGCCUAAACCCGUUCUUUUUUCUAGAGGUUCAUCAUUUAGGUUCAGUGGUCGGACUCAGAAGCAAGUUCUUGACUAUGUUAAAGAAGGAGGGCACAAAAAAGUGCAGUUUGAAAGGAAACACAGCAAGAUUCAUUCCAUCAGGAGUCUGACUGCACAGCCUUCAGAACAGCAUACAGAGGUGCCAAAACAAAGCUCUAGCUUUGCCCAUGGAGACGACAAUGAUGCUGGAGCGGUGCAGAGCAGCCGGCAAGGAAAGGAACUGAAAGCUUCAACAGAAGACACUGGACAGCACAAGAGCCCUUCCUUGAAGAAGAGCCCAAAGGAAGUCAGAAAGGUGGAUGGAGCAGUGGUGUCAGCAGUGGAGGAAGAAGAGGAGGCUGCUAAGGACAGGAUGCAGCAGAACAGACCUCAAUCACAGCAACCAAGCACAGGUUCUCUGACUGGCAGCCCUCACCUUUCAGAGCUUUCCGUCAAUUCCCAAGGAGGACCAUCGGUGGUAAAUAUGUCUUUAUCUCCAAACUUGAGCCCCGAUGCCAAGCAGUCAUCUCCCUUGAUCAGCCCUUUGCUGAAUGACCCAUCGUGCAUCAGGACUGAUGAUGAGGAAGAGGUCAAAAGAAAGAGAUUCCCAACUGAGAAAGCUUACUUCAUUGCUAAAGAAGUAGCUACCACGGAGCGAACCUACCUGAAGGACCUCGAAGUCAUCACGUCGUGGUUUCAGAAUGCAGUGAGUAAAGAGGAUUGCAUGCCCGAGACACUGAAGAAUCUCAUUUUCUCCAACUUUGAACCUUUGCACAAAUUUCACACUGGUUUUCUCAAGGAAACUGAGCAGAGACUUGCUCUGUG